UCACUCCAUUGUGCUUUUUUGACAGUGAUUUUGGGUGUGUGCAUUUACUCAAAAGCCAAUGUACCACAGUUUUUUAUAAUUUGCACCAAUAAUUGGCAUGUCUUGACUGUCCUGCGUGAUUUUUUUCUAUUUAAUUGUAUCAAUAGCACAGUGAAACUUGUGGGUGGAAACAAAUGAGAUUUAGUUUUUUUUUUUUUUUUUUUUUUUUAAGGAAUAUAACGACGCAAUCUGCAAAAACUCAAAUUUGAGGCUUUUGUGCUUUUGCACUUGGGUCAGUAGUGAUGACCUUUAGCCUCUAGAGCAGGACUCUGAAAUAAUGGAAUGAAAAAUAAAAAAUGAUAAAAAUAAAGUGCUUUCAUGCUGCUGGUUUGCUAUGUUGCAAAGUGGUUUGGGCACAUGUUAUUUUCUUUUUAUCUGGUAGUGUUCUGUGCCAAAACAGUCAAUACACUUCAAAACCAGAAGGACACAUAGUUUGAACAAAGCGACAGAAUUAAAGCCCUGUAAUCCUAUUAAACAAACCAUCCAGGGACACACUGGGAUGCAUUUGUCCUUGGUACAGCCCCUACCUGUUCAUUAGGUUUUAUGAGAAAUUGAAACAUUAGAUGAUAAAAGUACUAUAUAAUUAAAAAAAGGGUACAGAGUGACUAAAAUACUGGCUAGAGACAUGUCUGUGUAACUAUCAGUCUCGUUAAGAUGGAUCCAUUUCUGUAAUUGUAUCCAUAUAAGAGUAAAUGUUUAAUGCACACCAGAUAUACAGAACCCAGUCGAUCCAUAAUUAAUUGUGUAUAAAACGUCUCAGCUACAUUCUUUCAUUGCAGCCACUGGUUUGGCUUCCUUGUUACCAGCCAGUUUUGGCACAUAUACACCUGUGUUACAGGAUGUACCUGAUUUGAUCACUUAUCAUGCAGCAUUUCAUUAUGACUACUGAGUCUUGAUAUGAGCACUGUCAUCUAUUCUAACAACCUUAAAUAUUUAUAUAAAUGUGUUUCAACAAUAAAGACAAUGUAUUUUUUAUAAUUUUAUACAGAUAUGCCUAUAUCGAAUCAUUCAAUGAUGUGUAUUUAAAAAGAUGAAAAAAAAACAACAACCAAAAAAACAAAAAACAAACACAGACUACAAUUUUGUGGGUUUGACUGUUAAGUAGGGACACUAAUAUAUUCUACUACUGUGGAAGACAUUUGUAACAGUGGAACAAAGAGGGGCAUGAUAAUAGAGAUUUUUAACAAGCAAAAAAUACAAAUAUUGCAAGUAGCCUAUUAUAGAAUAACAUAAACAAUACCUUGUAGCCUAUAUGCUAUUUUAUUUGAGUUCAAUUGCUUAUAAAGAAAAGCUUCCCUAUAUGACAGUAUCUAUGUGCAUAACUGACGUAGUACCAGAUUAAUGUAGCCAACAUGAAAUGGAAUAAAGCAUCUACCUGUCAGUUAAAGGUUUUCUGCAUUAUGCAAUGUCCAGAAGUUUCCAUUGUUUAGAUUUGGAUACAUUGUACAUGCAUUAACUCACUUAUAACAUUGUUAGAACACUGUUAUUACAUCUUGGGUGUUGUCGACUGUAGCAUACUUACAGUUCGACUGUACAGACCGGGUUUGGGCCACAUGUUGAGUAACGCAGAGACGUGGUCAGAGUGAGCGCUUGCAGCGGAGUGAGCCCUCUGUGCCUCUGUCUGCUCUGUGCGCUGUAACCGGAUCAGGGCAGAGCGGUGGGACGUACACGGGACUUGUUUGCUUCCGAAUGAGCCAAUGAGACUGCCUUUACAUUAGACUGACACAGCCACUCGUCGAGCCGUAGGACGCCAUACACGUUUGGCAAAACUACUACAGCCAAUACCUAUUCAGGACGAGGAGGAACGAAGGGACGGGGCCAAAUACAAAUUAUCUGCGUGGAGGUCAAACGUUACCUGCGUGGAACAGGAGUUCUGCAACAUGGCCUUGUCUCAGUGCCUGGAUGACUCUCCUCUUGUGUUUACAGCUUCCAAAGCAAAUGCUGAAGACUUUAAGGACGUCUACAAUGAGAGACAUAGGCUAGCAUUAGAAGAACUGCUGUCAGGGGGUGUGGAUCGCUUCUUGGAUUUUCUCAGAAAGGAGAAAAUUCCAAACUUUCUAUCGGAUGAAGAAAUCGAGCGCGUGAGGCGCGCGUGUGUGGCCCCUCCAUGCGUAUCGCUGAACGGCGACGACCUGCAUCUAGAGGCGUCCGUGAACAGCUCUGUUGACUGCUCAUCGGUCACGUAUUUCCCCGAAGUGUCUGAUGUUGAGCCGCCACUACUGGAGCUUGGCUGGCCAGCCUUCACUGCGGGAUCAUACCGGGGAGUGACGAGGGCCGUGGCACACUUCCAACCCAGUUAUGGAGAAUCCAUCUACAGCUGCAAAGAAGCGGCUCGACGCAUGAUCCGGAGUGCCAGAGAGGUGAUCGCAAUAGUUACAGACUCUCUUACGGACCUGGAAAUCUUUAAGGAUCUCAAGGAAGCCUGCUGUAGCCGCAAAGUGCCGGUGUACCUCCUCCUUGACCAAACCAGCGCCCCUGCCUUCCUGAAGAUGUGCCGAAAUUUGGGCGUUAACUUGGAGGAUCUUCGGCAAAUGAGAGUGAGAACCAUCACUGGCACCACUUAUUACACGAGAUCAGGAGCGCGGAUUACAGGCCGGGUUCAUGAGAGAUUUAUGCUGAUUGAUGGAAACAGAGUGGCUACAGGUUCAUACAGAUUCAACUGGACUGAUGGCAAACUCAACAGCAGCAACCUGGUCGAGCUUUCUGGUCAGAUAUCAGAGAAAUUUGAUGAAGAGUUUCGAAUCCUCUAUGCCCAGUCCUCUCCUCUGAAUGCCCACAGACCCCCAAGUGUUCGAAACAGUGGCGUCUUUGAACAUCAUUUCUUAAAACCAGCUGUGCCGUCAUCACCUUUUACGCCAAAGGGGAGACUUGCUGAGCAUGUGUGUGUUACCAGCACUCCAACACGCACACUGCACAAGCCCCUAGACCAGUCUACAACUCAGCCACUUGCCGAGGUGAGUCAAAAGGCAAGUCUGGACUCAAAUGUAUCUACUGUAAAUGAGAACAUGGAGAAUGAGGAGAUCCUGGCUGGUAGCACCAAAAUAGUGAGUCAUGACACUGAGCCGUGCCACACUUCUACCCAGACCAGCUUCGUGUACGCCGACAGUGAUGUGCAGACCAGCAACCAAAUCCAGAGCAAAACUCCAACCAAGCAACUCCUCAACCAUGAAGCCAAAGACAAAGAGCUGAAAGCCUGCUUCUAUAAACUGGCCAAAGAGCGCCAGUGUCACUACACGGCCAUCCGCAGUAAGCUGGAGCAUAUAGUGGGGGCAAUGUCCCAGAGGCGAGAGCUUGUUGACAUCUCCAACCUGACCCAAGACCAAGGUGCUCACUGUGAGCAAAGGAUGGGGCCUGACGUUAGAAUACUUCCAGAGAAUGCAUAUAUGGGAACAUGGCCAAGAGCUAGGUGUGUUCACUAGUCAGUCCCCAUGUUGAAAGGGAAGGUAUUAGCAACACUGCAGAUAGUAAAAGGUACUAUAAUAUCUACUAUACACUACUCUGAGAGAGUGCUACCUAAAUGGAUGGUCAAAAUAACUAUGCAAAAAUGCUGUGCACAAGAAAGAAAGAGUGAUGCUUUUACCUGUAAUCAUCUCAUCUUUGUUUAUUGUUUGAAAUAUGUACGUUUUUGUAGAGGUAGCAUGGGUUGCUUUAGAAAAAAAUAUUUCAUGUGAUUACAAAAUAUGCAUUUGAGGGUCCAUAACUGCCUGAUGUUUUGACAAAUUGAUAAUGGUGUUCUUUUUAAACAUCCUCAUGGUUUCUUAAAUAUAUACUGUACGAUGUUUGCUACGCUAAAGGACAUUUCAUUCAGGUCUUGAUUAUUUUCAACAGUGCCUUUUGUAUUCUGUUUUAUUUGUAUAAGGAACUGACAUUUGGGCUAACAAUAUUGUAAUUAACACUAAGAUUUUGCACAAUGAUUUAUGCAAUAGAUUUUGAAUGUAUUUGGGGAUUUUGCGGGGGGUUAUGCAAUGUACUACUGUAUAAAUUGAAGAACUGUUAAUAAAAUAGCAGGUUUUCAUUUAAACUUCAUUUUCUGCUGUAACUGCCUCUGAGCAUCCUUCCAAAGAGCAGCUGGCUCUCACUGUGCCUUGCUAAUAAAAGUAGUGUUUCCUUUUGA